AUGACACCAAAAGAAACAAGAGGAGAAAUCCCUAAGUUUUUACUCCAAGUUAUAACAAAAGAAGAUAAAAUACUACCUGAAAUACCAACUCCUCUUAUGAAGCCAACACCUAAACUGCGUACUGUAGUUGGGUAUAAUUCAGGGAAGUAGGAGCCCACUACAACAAAGUAAGAAGUAAUAGAAAUCCUAGAAAGAAAAUAAAGGAGUAUUUAGAUGAAUUUCUAAUAACAAGUACCUUCUUUACAUGAUUCAGAUAUUGGAAAAGCAAUAAAGAGCAAACAAAAUAAGCUACUUAAAAAUUAAAAUAGUAAUAGAGAAGGCUUCCUUUUACAUGCAUUUAAAACUUUAGCUAAGAAUAAAAAUGAUAGUAAUUCAGCUGAAAAUCCUAUGGUAGCAUUAAUAUAAAUAUUAAAACCAAAAUAUGAAACAGAAAACUAUGCUCCAUAGUUAAAGAAUACCAUCAAAAAUCUCUAAAAAGAACAUAAAAUUGUCACCCAUCUUGUUGAUUUGUAUUUGAAUAAAGUUAGAUAAGAAUAAACUUGUUUCUUGUUAAUCAAUGAAUAUUUACUAAAAUAAAAUCUAGGACUCUCAAUUAUAUAGCCUAUUAAAUUUAUAACUCCUUAACUUAAAGAAUAGCCCAGCAGUAGAAAACCAGUAGUUACUUUUCUAAAUUUACCAAUAGAUUACUCGCUCAUAAUGAUAAAUGCUAUAGUGGUAGAAGGAUAAAUUCCAAAUCCACAUAGAAAUUACCCUACCAGAACCAUAGCUACAUUUUCAGAAAAUGCUAAAAUAGCUGACCCAAUACAUCCGAACAUCCAAGAAAGUAUCAUAGGGAUUCUUCUUCCUUUUAAAUCGCUCAAAAAGCUAAAAAGAAAUUAUCCAAAAAAAGAGCCUACAAAAACGAAACUUAAACUUAAAUUUUUUAGAUAUUCACGAUCACAAUACAGCUAGAAUUUUAAACUUAGAGUCUGA